AUGUUGUUCCAAGGUUUUAAGCAGCACCCGGCUUGUUGUAUCCAUGCUACUGCAACUAUGGGUUUGGAUUAUUGGCAACUUAAUUCAUCUGUCCAGAAGGAAAAAGAUAUUCCCAUGGUGAUGAAAUGGCAUCCCCCUCCCACUAGUUGGAUUAAAAUUAACUUUGAUGGGUCUCUCAUGAACUCUCAAGCUUUCAUAGGCUAUGUCAUCCGGAACUGCGAUGGCCACGUCCUUCUAGCCAACUCUAAUAACAUUGGCGAGAAUUCCAUAAAUGCAGUUGAAAGCGUUGCUCUUCGGGAUGGUCUUGCUACUGCUAUUGAGAGGGGUUGGGAUCAUAGUAUGAAAUAUUGA